AUGACUGGUAAAGCUAGUGUUGCUAUUGAUGAUGAUGGUGAAGAUGGUGUUGUUGUUGAUGAUGAUGAUGCUGAUGGUGGUGAUGAUAGAGCUGUUGAUGAUAGUGGUGGUGAUAGUGUUGUGGACUAUGGUGGUGAUGACAUUGUUUUUGAUGAUGAUGAUAUUGUUGUUGUUGAUGAUGUGGAUCAUAGAUAUAUUGUUGAUGAAGGUGGUGAUAGUGUUCUUGAUGAUGAUGGUGAAGAUAUUGUUGUUGAUGAUGGUAUAAAUAGUGUUGUUGUUGAUGAUGGUGAUGAUAAAUUUGUUGAUGACGAUGAUGAUGGGGGUGUUGUUAAUGAUAGUGAGGAUAGUGUUGUUGACGGUGAUAACAGUGACGAUGAAGGUUAUUUCAAACAGCGCUGCAUAACUAUAACAUUCUUCUACUCAAUGGUCAUCAAGCUCAUCUGA